AUGGCUGCUCUUCGAUUUUGUAUGGAGUGCAAGCGGAAUGAUAUAUUUCUUCCCGUUGAUCAUGUUCUCUCGAGCGGCUCUGUUACGGAAUUGCUGCGGCAAUGUCGACCAGUAUCUGUCUACAACAACGGCAAGCACCCGCAAAGUCGGACCGGCCACGAUGCAAGUAUUCGCGACAACGAGCCCACGAGACCAAGAGAACACUUUCGGGAGGUCGGCAGCAGAAUUCGACUUGACGAAAAAGCUGCGUUAUGGCGCGAAAACAGAAACGAGUCCAGUUUACGCAACGCAAUCGACGAGUCCUUGGAAUCCAACGCCGGCGGGCUACGUCCUAUCCUGACUUUCACAGACGAGUUCUGCACCGGCAACCAUACGGUAUGCGACAUGUCAGAUAUUCAAAUAUCUCUUGUUCAUGGGAGUCUGGAAUCACCCGGAGCGAACAUAAUCUACUACAGCGAGAUCCACAAUCCGAGCCAUAUUUUCCGUCUCAGAGAAGCCUGGAUGAAAGUUUGCAGAGCAGAACCUAUUUUCCAAACAGCGUACCGUAUCCCAGACGAUGGACAGGAGAUUCGUCCUCGACUUUGCUGGCGAGAGUUCAAAACAAAGAGCCGAACAGCCUACAGGAACGCGUUGCUUCAAGCAACUGGGCCAGGAAUGCCUUGGCCCGACAACAAUGGAGUCGAUUUCGGCCUGCGAUUUACCGUUCUACACUACCGUACGAGACGACCAGCUGAUAGUAAAGCCGCUGUGAUCUGGGCGAUUCAUCAUGCUUUGAUUGAUGGCUGGUCUGCAGGCCUCUUGGUCCAGAAAGUGCACCGAAUGGCGUCUGGGAAACCUGUACCCGCGCACCCUGGGCCAGCCUACGUAGAUCUCUGCCGAUUUCAACAAGAAUUGAGAUUGAGUCGAAAGGCCGAGGGAGACCUAUUUUGGGCGGAGCAAAGUAUCAAGUUAGCAACAGCUUGCGAUGAGCUCCUCAUUGCAAAGGCACCAAACGCUCCUGCAUUCACCAACAAUGUUUGGGGCAAGAGGGACGAGAUGCAGGUUCCUGUCGAACUUGCUUCCGCCGAUCAUGCUGCUGUCAAAGUUGCAGCACAGUCCUGCGGUGUCACUCCGGCCGCCUUCUUCUAUGCUGCCUGGGCAGUUUGCCUCGGGCUUUACGCAAGUUCGGAGAGUGUUGUCAUCGGCGCAGUUGUGUCCGGUCGCAACAUUGGGCUUGCCGGUAUUUUCGACACAAUAGGCCCCAUGGUGAACACAUUGCCACUGCAGGUCGAUCUUGACUGGCAAUCUUCAUCUCGAAAGCUGGUGGAGGAUGUCUUUGCUCGAAUCCAGCGGUUAUCUUAUUUUUCAUGGACCACGCCGAAUAACGGAUUCUCUAGAGUAAGGGGAAAUCUGAUGGCUUUCACACCCAAUCCCGAAUCCUGGGUCAAGGGUGCUGGGGUUGAACAGUCCUUUUACAAACACACGACGAACUUGCCUCUCAACGCCAUCGUCAAAGAAGAUGGAGGUGGCAUGGUCAUCCAAUACUCUGCUGAACGCUAUACCACGAAGGCGAUGGAAACACUUGCAAGCAUUUUUAGGGAAUCGCUCUUGUCACUUUCCCGCACCGAGGCAAGUCUGGAGUCAUUGCAACCUGUGCUGCAGACGUGCGGACGGAGUCUGAGCUUGAUGGGCAACUGGAACUCAUUCGAAACGACAAUUCCAUCCGUUAGAGACGAUCUCGUGACGUUAUUUGAGGACAUUUCAACACAUUACCCUGGCGCGAUCGCCGUCGAGUGCGGAGAUAAAACGAUCACCUACCGUGAGCUAGAGAGGCUUUCUGGCUGCGUCGCUUCAAAACUUAUUCAAGUGAUACAACCUCAAGAGGUAGUUGCCGUGCACGCAGAUGGUUCCGUCAACUGGGUUGUGUCCAUUUAUGGCGUACUACGAGCUGGAGGCAUCUAUUGCCCCUUGGACAGAUCGCAUCCUCAAAGAUACCGUGAAUCCCUUUUUGAAGCAUCGACUGCACGGGUUUUCCUAUCUACAGACAAGCGCUCAAUGGCGAGUGUACCGGCUGCAGCUGAGAUCGUAAUAAACGUUGCCGCCGCCAUGGAAGAUGUGGAGGCGACGUUGUGCUACGAUCUUCAUUUUCCAAUAAGAACGGCGCCUCGACCAGCAGACAAGGCUUACCUGUGCUUCACGUCCGGCUCAACCGGCAACCCUAAAGGCGUCAUAUGCACACAUCGAGGUCUUGUCGCUUUCCAGAGAAACUCGGAAGUCCGCUUGGGUGCAUCCGUUGGGGUCAGGAUUGCACAAGUCAUGUCCUUGGCUUUUGACGGUGCCAUACAUGAACUGUUUUCAGCCCUUUCAUACGGAGCUACACUCGUUCUGCGGGGGACAGACAGUCCAGCAAGUGUACACCACCUUUGUGCUGUUGACUGUGCUAUUCUUACCCCAUCUCUGGCAUCUGUGCUGGACCCGGACGAUUUCCCACAGCUAAGGACUGUGUAUCUGGUCGGCGAAAUGGUACCGCAGACGGUGUGUGACACAUGGGCUUCCAGUAAGACCGUGUACAACAUGUAUGGGCCAACAGAGGCAACUUGUGGCGCCACGAUCAAGCAACUACGACCGGGCCAGACAGUCACGAUUGGGAAGCCGAAUCCAACCACCAGGAUAUAUAUCUUGGACAAAUGCAAGCGACUGGCUCCUCCAGGUGCGGUCGGUGACAUUUACCUCGCCGGCGUCCAAGUCGCCAUCGGAUACAUCGGGCAACCAGAAAUCACUGCCGAGCGCUUCCUUCCUGACCCAUUCAUGAAGUUGGGAGAGUCCAUGUACCAGACUGGAGAUCGGGGCUAUUGGGACGAUUCCGGCGAUAUCGUCUUCCUGGGUCGCGCGGACCGUCAGACCAAGCUUCAAGGAUUCAGACUGGAUCUUGAAGACCUGGAAGCCCGUAUCCUACGUGCUUGUGGUCAGCAGCAUGAAGCCAGCGCCGUGGCUGUGACAACUCAAGGCGAUCAACUGAUUUGCAUGAUCCAAACAAAUUCUGAAGAUCUCGCAGGAAUGCGAAUGGCUAUUCGUAACGCUCUUCCCCCAUUUGCGAUACCCAAGCACACCUUAGUUACCCGUCAGCUUCCGAUGACCUCAAACAUGAAAGUGGACUAUCAUACUAUUGUGCAACUGGCCAAUGACUCAAGCAUCUGUCAUCAAAGUCGGACGGAAACAAACAGAAUUUCUUCAACCACUCGAACAGAGGCUGUUGUCGCUGCCAUCUGGGCUCAAAUUCUGGAGAACGAAGCUCUGUCCCCUCGAAUCGGCCCCGACUCGAAUUUCAUACAGCUAGGCGGGCACUCCCUACAGCAGUUGCGACUAGCAGCCAAGUUGAAAUCCGUCUUCGGAGUUCUCAUCACGCUUCGAAUGAUAAUGAAUAUCCCAACUCUGCGGGAGUUUGCAGCCGCAAUUGAUAAGAUGGACAAGACGUCCCUGCCCCCUAUGGCGGCCGAGGGAAGAAAUGAUGCCUGGCUUGGAGCCUUUGACACCCGCCCGAUUGAAAGAGAAUGGUGGAGAAAAUAUCAGCUAAGAUCUGGCACUUCGGCUUUCAACCUAAAGCAUGGAACGCUGUGCUGGCACGACAUCUCAUCUUCCGAUCUCGUCGCUGCGGCCGUCACAAUCGAGGACGAAAAGAUUGAUGUGACAUUGGGCGCGCCUUUCCUCAAUCGGCAUUCCGAAGCGGACAUGGAGGCUGUGGGGUUGUUCCUGGAGCCGCUGCCAGUUCGUGUACAUCAUGAUGAUACCACGACGACUCUGAGGUCUUACCUUCAUACCGUUCAAGACUCAUCUCAAGGUGCUUUGGCCCACGCAGUCCCGUGGGACCAGCUGCUGGAAUAUUUGGGCAUCGAUUCCGGAAGCCAAAUUCCCAAUCACCCAAUCUUCGACUGUGUCACUUCAUUCCACGAUGCUCGCUGUAAUGGAUCCAAUAAGACGCAGCAGAGCAGAUGUGGUCCUUGGGAUAAUGCAGUUUGGGGUGAUGGUGUCGAACCACAGCUGGUAUGGAGUGACGGCGCAAAGUUCAAGUUGAUGGUGGAGUGCCUGGCAUAUGACGAUGAUACGCUCUUAAUACGGCUUGAGUACGACACGGCUUGCUUUGAAGGCAGUCAUCGUGUUUACGAUGCACGAAUCAAGGCUGUGAGAAGGAUGAUACUGACAGCUAUGACGAUGAUCGUUUCGCCAGAAAAUAGCACCGUCGGUGGCUUGCGGCAAGGACUUCGACGGUUAUGGGAAAUAGAGAAGAGACCUGGGGUUAAGAGUGUUCCCAGCGUGGAUUUGCUACACCCUUCUGAAGGCUUGUUCAUGAGACGCUUUUCGGACUUGAACAGUCGCUGA